AUGAACAUUUAUAAUCUAAUAGAAGUUAUUAAACUCACUGAAUAAAGAGGUCAAGAAUUAUUAAUAGAUGCUUUAAUAAUUGGUAUAGAAAUAGGUAGAAAUAAUCUAAAGAACAUCCAAUAAGUUGAAUCAAUUGUUGAAUCACUUAAAAAAUUAAAGUGUAAAAUAGAUUUAAGUAUAUUAUCACCUUUUUUAAGAAAUGAAAUAUUUGAUAAUGUACUUAAUUAAAAUGAAAAAGUAAAAUAAUAAAUAUUUAAUUUAAUAGUUAGAAGAAAGUCUUCAAAAUGUAUAAUUAGAAUUUUAAAGACAAUCUAAAUUAAAAUAAUAAAGUAAUAUUUGUUAAAUUUGUAACGAACAUGUAGAUGAUUUAAACAAUUAAAAAUUCAAUGCAUCCUGCAAACAUCAAUUUCACAGAAUUUGUAUAAUUCAUUUCUUGAAUCAAGGAUUAAAUGGUGAAGAUUAUUUUAAAUGUCCAUUAUGUGGAUAAUAAACAUUAUAAUAACAGAUUGAAAAAGAAAUUAAAGAAUAAACCGCUUUUAAAAAAUCUUGUUGUCCUAAUGCAUUUUGCAAAACAAAAUUCUUAUUUGUAGGGUAAGAAAUUUAUAGAUGUAAUUAAUGUAAAAAUAGAUAUUGUUUGAAAUGUUAAUUAGUAAAUCAUCCAAUAAAUUAAUGUAAAAAAGAUAGAAAACAUACAUAAUUUGAAAUGGGAGAUAAUUAUAAAGAAUGUCCAAAAUGUAGAUCUUGUUGGGUAAAAUAAUAGGAUUAAUAAAAAAUUAUGAAAUGUGUAUGUGGACAUAGUUUUUGUAUUGAUUGUGGUGUAAAAGAUGAAUAUUGUAAUUGUAAUAGGGUUGGUGGAGGGAUUUACUAAACUUAUAGAUGGUUUAAAAAAGUAUUAUCAGGAUAAUGAUAUGAUUAC